AUGUCUGAAGUCAACCAAGCAAAUCAAAUUUUCAUCGAAGAUUGGCCCGUUUUGAGAGAUCUUUUUACGCGAGAUUGGCCAAAAUAUUGCUUACCUUAUCAUUUAAUCCAGAAUUUCCUCGAUUGGCACAAAAUUGAUCCGGAACACGUCAACACGGAUAUUCAACUUUUUUGUCUCAAUGGCGAUUGGAGUGAUGGAACGUUCUUUGCUUUGGAUGGAAAUUCAAUAUUUUUCUACUCCUUGAAUGAAGAUAACGAGCGUUUAAUUUCUUUGUUGUCACUUUUGCCUGCAGAUCGUGAAUUUCUCGCUUGUUCCGUGUAUCAAAGGCAUUUGUCGGUAAUUCCAACUAUCGUUCCUCGUUUUUCAAAUUGGGAGCAAAAAUUCACGUUGAUGACUUUUUUUCAUCGAUUACCGAAGGAGAAAGCUCUUGCCAUGGAAAUUGACAUUCCUGAAGGAAUUUCUGUCAAACCAAUGUCCUCAGAUGAUCACAUCGCGACAGUUGACUCAGUUUAUCCGCACAGAACGGAAAAUGUCACGGCGCAAGGCUUUAAGAGACUUUUGAAGUUCAAUCUCAACUUGGGAGCUUUUGAUGCGGAAGAAAAUUUACUCGCGUGGUGCUUUCGGUAUCAAACGGGGACCUUAAGUGCGCUUCAAGUGUUGCACGGAGGACAAAUGCGACAAGGAUUGGGAUCGUUAAUCGUUAAAUCGAUGGCAAAAAAGUUGGCGGAAGAAGGUUUUGACACGUUGGCAUGUGUAACGGAGGGAAAUAUCCCCUCAAUGAAGCUUUUCGAGAAAUUGGGAUUCGAAAUUAUUGAUAAAGUUUAUUGGGUUGGAUUUGGAAAUCGGGAUAUUGAGGGAACAAUUGGACAUAUUGGGAAUUAAAUUAGAGAGUUCAUUGACUUUGAACUGAACUAUAAAUAUUAUUUUAUAAAAAAAGAGAGUUUUUGAUACA